AUGCCCAAAGAGAGCCUGUCCGCCCGCGAGAUCGAGGUCCUCGCCCUCGCAUGGCAGUGCGUCGAUCCACAGCCCAAGGUCGAUAUGGUCAAGCUCGCCGCCCUCACAGGCUACACCCCGGGCAGCGCAUCAGUCACUUUCGGCAACAUCAAACGCAAGCUCAAGAACAUGGCCGCCGGUGCCUCCGAGGACAGUCCUGCCACACCCGCCGCAAAGUCACGUUCCGGUGGCCGUGCCAGAGCUACUGCUACCUCCACUCCCAAAAAGCGAGGCGCGACUGCCGCUCCCACCUCAGCUUCCAAGCGCUCUAAGAAGGGUGCCGCUGCCCGCGAGACUACUUCCUCUGCCUCCGACGGCAACAACGACGACGAUGAUGACGACGACUUCGGCCUCAACGGUCCCAAAGUCAAGAAGGAAGAGCCUGCCUUUGACGACGGCUUCGAUCUCGUUGAGGAAGACGUCUCCAGUCGCGAUGCCAGCAUGAGCUACGGUUUCCUCGAUGGCAUUGAGACCUUUGGCGGUGGUGGUGCUGCUAAGGGAUCUGGUCGGAAUGCGUCUAACGGGUACCGUACGGUACAGUUGGAGGAGGAUGAGUAG